AUGCCUUCUGCACUUACAUCCAGCUUAUUGGCUGCCAUUGCCGGUGCCGUUUCUGUUUCUGCCCAUGGUCAUGUUACCAAGGUGACUAUCGACGGCAAAUCCUACCAAGGAUUCGAUCCUACCUCUGCACCUUUCGGACCUCAGCCGGACAGUGUUACUUGGAGCAACGGGGCUAAAGACAACGGCUUCGUGCUCUCAUCGGCACUCCAAGACCCCGAUAUCAUCUGUCACUUGGAUGCUACAAAUGCUGCUUUGUCUGCACCUGUCGCCGCCGGUGGCGAGGUCUCACUCACCUGGAACCAAUGGGCAGACUCUCAUAAAGGACCGGUCAUUGACUACCUGGCAGACUGCGGUGGAGAUUGCUCAACUGUCGACAAGACAACUCUCAAGUGGUUUAAGAUAGCUGAGGCAGGCCAGCUCGAGCUGGGUGCCGGCAGUGGCACAACCGGCAAGUGGGCCGAUGAUGUGUUAAUCCAGGAUAGCCUUACUUGGAAGGUUACCAUUCCUAGCUCACUUAAGUCUGGAAACUACGUUCUUCGUCACGAGCUCAUUGCUCUACACGAGGCUGGCACCGAAGGAAAGGCGCAGAUGUAUCCUCAGUGUAUCAACCUCCAGGUUUCUGGGUCUGGUACCCAGUCUCCGGAUGGCGUCGUCGGUACACAGCUUUACACCUCUACCGACGCCGGAAUCUUACACAACAUCUACAAUGACGAGAAGCUUUCGUCGGUUGCUGAUUACAAGAUUCCUGGACCUGCUUUAGUGAAGUUUGAUGGGUCAUCAUCGUCGAACAACGAUAAUGCUUCCUCGCCUUCUGCUGCUCCUGCUCCUGCUCCUACAAGCACAAGCACGACUCCGGCUCAACCUACUACAACUGCUCCUACAGCUACUUCUCCCGUCGCUAGUAGCACCUCUACUGCUGUCGCCAACACCCAGCCGACUGCCAGUUCGCCCGCUACCACAACACCGAAGAAGACUUGCUCCCGCAAGCGUCAUGCUCGGCGUCACGCGCGUGAGCUCAAGAACCUAUAA